CAUUGUGUUAUAUUCACAAGUCUUUUUUGCAGUAAAAAAAUAACGAUAUUAAAGUGAACAUCGCUUCCGCGUUUCUCAUUGGAGGCUGAUGGAGAGGGAUGGUACUGAAAGAGCCACUCCGCAGCGCCGCGCACUACGAUCCUCUGAUUUGCAUCUCGCCUCCUAUAAAAGGAGAUCAACGCACGUCCUACAGGCACACUCGUUCUCGUUCUUUCUGACGUGCCACAGCUGUACGCGUCGACAUGCCCGAUCCUCCCGCAUCAAAGAGCGCUGGGCCGGCAAAGGUUCCUGCCCCCAAGAAGGGCUCCAAGAAGGCCGUGACCAAGGCUACGCGCAAGGAUGGCAAGAAGCGACGCCACCGCAGGAAGGAGAGCUACGCAAUUUACAUCUACAAGGUGAUGAAGCAGGUGCACCCCGAUACCGGCAUCUCGUCCAAGGCCAUGAGCAUCAUGAACUCGUUCGUCAACGACAUCUUCGAGCGCAUCGCUUCCGAGGCGUCCCGCUUGGCGCACUACAACAAGCGCUCCACCAUCACCUCUCGGGAGAUCCAGACCGCAGUGCUGCUGCUGCUCCCCGGCGAGCUGGCCAAGCACGCCGUGUCGGAGGGCACCAAGGCCGUCACCAAGUACACGAGCUCCAAGUGAAGCCUCGACUCAACCAUUACUUACAAAGGCUCUUUUCAGAGCCAC